UCCUAUCACUCAUCUCUCUCUCUCUCUCUCUCUCUCUCUCUCUCUCUCUCUCUGCGUGUAGAGUUAGAAGAAGAUGGCUUUCUCCUCCAACAGCUUCGUUGCAAUUCUGAUGAUGCUGGGAUUAUUGGCAGGAUCCACACUCGCACAGGCGCCGGGAUCCGCGCCAUCAGCAGCCCCUACUGUCUCUCCUCCCCCACCGUCCCCCGCCCCGGCAUCUCCACCACCUGCCGUUACUCCACCAUCUCCGACCCCUUCCGUCACGCCUCCUGCAUCCUCUCCUUCUCCGAUCUCCAAACCCCCAGCGUCUUCCCCGUCUCCAUCGACCACCGUUUCCCCUCCAGCUCCACCUCCGUCAUCUCCCUCCCCUUCUUCAUCUUCUCCCAUUGGCUCUCCUACUCCGUCUAUCUCCACCCCGCCGGUACCCGGCUCUUCGGCGGAGUCUUCAGCUGACAACAGCGCCGCUCUCCCUGCCUUGAACAGAGUUGCGAUCUCCGGAACUGCUAUCUCCGGCGUCUUCGCCGCCCUGCUCUUGUUGUAAAUCUUCGCUGUCGGAAUGGAGCUUUCUCAGCCGUCGAUCUUUGCUGGGAUGAGUGAUUGAUAGAUAGUGGAUUGCUUCUUUUAUUGAUUUAUACUCUUUUUUUUUUUUUUUGGCAAUUUAUUACGGAGAUUUUAGCUUCGUUGUAAUUACAUUAUUCUUUUUUUGAUCUAAAUAAAUCUAUUAAAUUUGUACCGAAA